AUGAAUAAAUAAACUAAAUUAAUAUAAAUAAAAAGUUACUGAGUAAAUCAAUUACUUAGACUUAUAUAUUUUGUAAAUCAUUAGAAUCUUUGGUCAAAUAUGAGAAUCCUAUUGAAGUUAGCAAUCUCAAUGAUGCUAAAGGACUUUAAGGAAAAAAGAAGGCUUAGUUAUUUCCUUAGAAUCAAAACCAAAUACAAUAUGUAUCACAUGUGGCAGCUACAAGAGAAGAUGUUGGCAAUUUACAAAAACUUUUGGAUGGACGAUUGUUAGCAAGAUAAGCAAAGUAUUUUUAAUUGAAAAUUAAUUAUUCUAGAGAAAUUAGUAUUUGUCCAAUAAGAGAAGAAUUGUUGAGUCAAUGUUUUGAUGAAAUUAUUAGAUAAGUUAUAAUUGAUUGUCCAGAGAGAGGUUGUUUUAAUUUAUUAUAACUUAGGUUUACUAUUGAUGAGAGUGAGGGAUGAACUCAAGAUUACUAUUGCAGCAUAUUAAACCUUAUACACUAAAUGA